UCAUUAAUCUGUCUGUUUCAGAAAUGUACGCCACGAGGAAAGUCAGAGAGGAAAUGCCUCCAGUUUCACAGCAACCAAGAGUAGAACUCCGGACUUCACCCCGGGAAGCCAGCUUCCCCAGAACAACGCCCUUGCGCAAAGCAAUGUCCAUCCAAAACCUGAGCCAGAUUGAAACGCCGUGGGAAAAUGUCACCCUGAACCGCUGUCUGUUUGUGGCCAUUACCAUCCUGGUGCUCACCUCAGGCUUUCAGAGGCUUCAUGAAACUCUGCGUGGCCAGGGGCCAGCGGAGGAGGAACUUGGACUGACAGUGAGACGGUCGGGCUCAUUACGACACAGAAGACAACCACCAGAGCCCGAGACAACUCUAUGGGAAGUCAUGUUCUGGUGGCUGCCAGACCUUGAUGAUGAAGAGGAUGAGGAGGAAGAGGAUGAUGAAGAGGGCAAAGGAAGAAAGUCAAAGAGCAGAGCAACAGCACGGGCAACAAGAGGUCUCAGAAACAAGCCACUGCCAGUCAAAAAACUCAUGAAGCCAAGAGAAGGGAAAUUAAAAGACAGGAGAGCCAAAAAAGAAAGGGAUGAAGAAAUCAAAGACAAGAAAGAGAGAGAUAAAACAGAAGAACCCAAAGAAGCAGCAGGUGAUGAAGAUGAGGAUGAAGUAAAGGAGGAAGCUGUGCCCAAGAAGAAGAAAAAGUUGGAGGAACCGAAAGAGAAGAAAAAGAUUCAAAAGGGAUGAGUUGCUUCUUUCUACUGACAAACAAAUUCUGUUUUCUAAAAGAAUUCCACCUGAAUACAUUUUUAUCAAAUAUAAAAUGUAUUAAAAGGUGGUAUGAAUUCAAACAAUGUUGUCAAAUACCACUGAGACUCAAAAUUAAUGUGUUUCGAGUUGACCAUACACAAUGAAUGUCAAUGUCAACUUUUUGUUGCUUUGCUAAACAGAUGUGAUUGUGUAAUGGAGCUUUGAGUUACCUGUAAAGACAUCUGCAUUUUCAUUGAUUUUAUUGACCUGUCUGCUUUUUGUUCUCCAUGUUUGAUUCCCUUUGUUGGAAGAUCUACAACAUAUUUAAUAAAUCUCUUAUGAAUCA